GUUGAUGCCGAGUCCCUCUGCAACGAGUGAAUUCACGCAGAGCACACUAGCACAUGAACUACACUUUUCUUUUUGGAGAGUGAAAUUUGAGCGUGGUGUGAUCGAUUGGCUGAUUAAUUGAAAAACAGAAGGAAAGCGAGGAUGAAUACUAUAGAAUCGGUGGUCACGCAGAUCCAAGGGCUAUCGGGCAGCGUUACGGAUAUCGGUGCGCUUCACACUUGCUUGAAACAAGCUGACGAUUUGCUUCACACUGAGUCCACUCGGUUAUUGCCUUUCCUUGACCAGCUUGAUCCCUCCAUACAUUCUCUCGGUUACCUCUACAUCCUAGAUGCAUGCACAUCAGGUCCAAUUUCUAAAGAGCAAGCCAAAACGGUGGUCUUGAUCUUCGCCAGGUUCAUCAAUUCUUGUGUUGCGGAGCAGAUUCGUUUGGCAUCUGAUAAGUUUGUAUCUGUUUGUAAGAGGUUCAAGGACCAAGUUAUGCUGCUUGAAGCACCUGUGCAGGGUGUAGCUCCAAUGCUGGCUGCUGUACAAAAGCUUCAGUCUUCCUCUGCACGUUUGACCGCUUUGCAUCCAGAGUUCCUUCAACUUUGCUUGUUGUCAAAGUGUUAUAAAACUGGUCUUUCUGUUCUGGAGGAUGAUAUUUUUGAGGUUGAUCAGCCAAGAGACCUGUUUCUCUAUUGUUAUUAUGGAGGGAUGAUAUGCAUUGGACAAAAACGUUUUCAGAAAGCAUUAGAGCUUCUACAUAAUGUUGUGACUGCUCCUAUGUCUUCUAUAAAUGCCAUAGCCGUUGAAGCUUACAAAAAAUACAUAUUGGUUUCCCUCAUUCACCAGGGACAGUUCUCCACCAGUCUCCCUAAAUAUGCUUCCUCAGCAGCUCAGAGAAAUCUGAAGAACUUCAGUCAGCCAUACAUUGAAUUGGCAAAUAGUUAUAGCACUGGAAAAAUUGCAGAGCUAGAGUCAUAUGUGCAGACAAACAGGGAGAAGUUUGAAAGUGACAAUAACCUCGGAUUGGUGAAGCAGGUUGUCUUGUCCAUGUAUAAGAGAAAUAUCCAGAGAUUGACCCAGACAUAUUUGACUCUGUCCCUCCAAGACAUAGCCAACAUAGUGCGACUCAAUAGCCCAAAAGAGGCAGAAAUGCAUGUGCUUCAAAUGAUCCAAGAUGGUGAAAUAUAUGCAACAAUCAAUCAAAAAGAUGGAAUGGUGAGAUUCUUAGAGGAUCCUGAGCAAUAUAAAACUUGUGGGAUGAUUGAGCAUAUUGACUCCUCAAUGCAGAGGAUAAUUGAACUGUCUAAGAAGUUAACUGCAAUGGAUGAACUUAUGUCAUGUGACCCCUUGUACCUGGCAAAGGCUGGGAGAGAGCGUCAGAGAUUUGACUUUGAUGACUUUGAUGGUGUUCCUCAGAAAUUCAACGUAUGAGGGAGUAGAAGGUUGUUGGCAGGACAUGGUAAAUGAUGCUAAACUCAUAAUGUUGUUCUACACGCUCCAUGUUCAAAGAGUGAAAAUUUUCACCUUUUCUCCACCAGUUGGAAAUCAGUACAUAUGUCAAAGCACCCUCUUUUUUCCUCUGAGAUUGUAAUAACAAACCAGUUUAGUUAUGCAACUCUUUUCAACCAUGCUUUUUAUUUUAAGAAAGUGCCCGGGUUCAUCGAGUUAUUUAUGUUUUGUCCCGGAUGCUGAUCUUGCUAUGCAGUAAUGACAAAUGAAGCAUCAGAAUCUUCUCAAGGCAAAGCAAUUUCUCA